CAGAUGCAUCAAGCCCUCCAACUGUGUGGCUGCGUUGCAUUUGAGAUUACGAGAAGUUACUAUCGGAAGAUCGUGCCACUCGACCACAUGGCGAGGAUUGAUUCCGCUGAGGCUUCUUCGUGGCCAGAGAGGCAGCAUUUUGUUGGCGCGACACGCAACACGCAACACGCAACGCGACAGCAUCCAUAGCUGCGCCCCAGGACAAUGAUGAUCUCAUUCGGCUGCUGCACAUCCCGGGCAGUUGACUUUUUUAUUUUUGCUUCGCGCUCCUGCGUUGACUUGAAGGACUGCGUCAAUAUGACACUCGUUUGAUCUCAAUUGUCUCUAUCUCGCUCUCUUUGAAGCUCCCAUCCGUAUUCUUCCUCUCUCCUUCGUCGGCUCUGCUGGUUUUCACCCAACGAAAGCUGCUAGAAAGCCGUCAACAAUGACCGUGAAAGCAAGGACAGAGAAAGCACCAGAGGAAAAGCACGGUUAUGAAUUCGGAGGACCUCUGGGAGCUGCUGGAAUCAUCUUCGGCCUGCCGAUCCUCAUCCAUGCCACCAUCUUCCUAUGCAACGACGUCUCGGGCUGCCCUGCACCUGCCUUGCUAGAUCUCAGAACAUUCAAUCUUGAGAAAUUGAAGCAACAGACGCCGUGGCCGGAGGACGGAGUCUUGGGUCUUUUCGAUUUGAAUGUCAUUCUAUGGGUGCUGGCAUAUUAUGCUCUCAGCGUGGCUCUACAAUUGUUUCUGCCAGGUGAAGAGGUCGAUGGUACAACAUUGGGCACAGGAGGACGGCACCACUACAAAUUCAACGCCUUCAACUCAGCGGUUCUCAUCCUGGCUGGUCUCGCCAUUGGCACUGCUAUACAGGGUGCCGACUUCGUGGUUUGGACUUUCAUCUGGGACAAUCUCCCCCAAGUUGCAACUGCAAAUCUCGUCGUUUCCUAUGCUCAAGCAAUUUAUGUCUACCUGGCCUCCUUCAGCGUUCCCCACCCAGGUCAGCCAAAUCCUGACAACCGGGAGCUCGCCAAAGGAGGGCACACUGGGAACAUGCUAUACGACUUCUUCAUUGGUCGUGAGCUGAACCCACGCGUCACAGUUCCACGUUGGAUUCCCAUUGCGGGCGGCCAAAUGAUUGACAUCAAGGUCUUCAAUGAGAUGAGACCAGGUCUGCUAGGUUGGAUUAUUCUCGACCUCGCAUUCAUUGCGCAUCAAUACAAGGCACAUGGCUUCGUCAGCGAUUCCAUCAUUCUCAUCACUCUUUUCCAAUCGCUCUAUGUCCUCGACGCUCUUUACAUGGAGUCGGCUAUUCUGACCACCAUGGACGUGACGACUGAUGGUUUCGGAUUCAUGCUCGCUUUCGGCGACCUGACUUGGGUUCCAUUCCUCUACAGUCUGCAAGCACGGUAUCUGGCGGUUUAUCCGUUGAGGCUUGGAAUAAGCGGCAUCGCUGGCGUUCUAGCGGUUCAAGGCUUGGGAUACUAUAUCUUUCGAGGCGCAAACAACGAGAAGAACCGAUUCCGGACCAAUCCCAACGACCCUCGGGUGUCACACCUCGAAACCAUGACGACUGAGUCUGGCUCCAAGCUUCUAGUCUCUGGUUGGUGGGGUCGUGCCCGACAUAUUAACUACCUCGGCGACUGGAUCAUGUCCUGGAGUUAUUCUCUCCCUACUGGUGUUGCGGGAUACAUCAUCAACAAGUACCAGAAUCCUGUCACGGGUCACGUAACCAGAGAGGUAGUGCAAGGAGACGCGCGUGGCUGGGGAAUGAUUUUUACAUAUUUCUAUGUCUUGUAUUUUGGCGUGCUACUUGUGCAUAGAGAAAUGAGGGAUGAAGAGAAGUGCAGGAAGAAGUAUGGAAAAGACUGGGAGCGCUACUGCAAGCGUGUCAGGUGGAGGAUCAUUCCGGGCAUCUACUAGAGAGAUGCAAAGAUGCACUCAAGUUUUCGGAACAUUCUCCAUGGAGUCUGCAGCUCGCUCACGCUCCUCAGUUUUCUCUUCCUUUAACCCUAACCACUUCGAGCUUCUUCAGCAUUUCGAUCAGAUAAAACUCCCGUCACGUUCAAAGACGAGCUCCCACUCAAUUACAUCAGAUACCUGGCCCAGUCGAUCCCACCGUUGGGGAAGAAUGCCCUUGGCUAUCUACUGAUCAAUAGGAAAAUUGCCUAACGCAAGGCUGUGAGACUGUUCUCCG